GUAGCGCCCUCUAUUAGGAAUAGGGUUAUUUGUUUUUGUUUACAUUAAAAAAAUUAAAAUGUGUUGGAAGCAAGUUAAUGCGUGGAUAUAAUUUGUUUAGUUUUCUCUUUAAAUAAGCAAUUUGUAGUUGUAGGAAUUUGUUGAAAAUGACUCAGCUGUGUUUAUUUAAAUAUUCAUAAAAAAAAUCUUUUUAAGUUUCGUGUUAACGUAAAUUAUAAAAAGUAUUUACCGGCUUCAUCAUGCAUCGUCGGCAACUAAAUAGAAAUGAAAAUAAAUCUCCGUCUUACAAUGAUAACUCAGCUGUUAAUAACAGUGUGCCUGAAAAUGACGUUCGACUGUCAUCGUCUGCUUAUCAAAGAUUUUGCGAUCGCAUUUCUUUCAUGAAAUACAUUUUUCUCAUUCUUGUUAUUCCACCUUUAUUGAAUUAUGCGUCUUUAAAACGAGAACUAGCUAUGCUGAUGCCAACCGAGGGGCAACAGGUUGAUAUGGGUUGGGGACAGAAAAUGUUCAUCAGCUGUAUUGGGGAAGGCAUACCGACAAUCAUAUUAGAUGCUCCUACUGGGGGAACUUCUGAUGUAUGGUACCUUGUCCAACGUGAAUUAGCCAAAAUUUCAAAGGUUUGUGUUUAUGAUCGUGCAGGUCUGGGUUACAGCGACCUUCCAUUUGUGAAUCAAAUGAGCAAGACACACAAAACAGAGAAUAGAAAAUUUGUAUCACAAGUUGCAACUGUAGAACAAAUGACCUGUGAUUUGCAUCACCUUGUAACUACAGCACUACCUGUUAGUCGCCCUUUUAUCAUGGUUGGAUCUGAGAUGGGUGGACUUAUUGCUAGGCAUUACAGCAUGAUGUACCCUGAGGAUGUCAGUGAUAUUAUCAUAUUAAAUCCUCUUGUUGAAGACUUAUUUUGGAGGCAAAAGGAAGAUUGGAAUAAUUAUUGGAAUUCCCAGCUACUUCCAUCUUUACAAUCUCUUCAAUUAUCAGCAUCUAUUGGUAUAUCUAGAAUUGCUGCUCUUUUAGGAUUCAUUAAACCAGACCUUGCUGGGGAAUCAGUGCCAAAAGAAGUGGAGCUUAGACAACUGUCACAUUUAUGCAAUCCUACACAUAUGGAAGCAUUCUUUCAUGAGCAUAUGUUACUUAAUACCAGCUUCAACCAAAUGAAUGAAGUUUGGCAAGUGAAGACAUUUCCAAAAAAUGUAUCCGUCACUGUGAUAAAUAGUAGACAAUUUGAAAAAAUUCCAAAUCAUUUACAAAAGGCGUGGCAGCAGUCUCAAUUGUAUUUGCGUCAAAGUUUGCAUCCAACUUGCAAGCAUUUUAUUUUUGAUGGAUCCACAGCACAGCUAUAUAGCCAGCCUGGAACUAUUGUUAAUAAAGUUCAGCAACUGGUUUAUAAGUGGCGAAUCACUUAUGACGUUUUUCCUACUGUUCAUACAUAUCAAGAACAAGAAUCACUUCUUUCAUGAGCAUUCCAUACCCUUUUUUAUUGUCAUUUUAAAGCAUACUGUAUUAAAUAUUCAAUACUUUUCAUUCAUAUUAAAAUUUUAUUGUGAUUUCCAAAAAGAAAAACUUGUUGCUCAAAAAUGUAAUUUAAAGAAAAAAAUUUAUUUUAAUAUUUAUUUAUGCAAAAUUUGUUACAAAAUCUUGAGAAUAUUGGAAUUAUCAGCGGAAAAAUUAUUUUGAUAUCCAAAUGAUGCAAGACCUUCUCCUACUUUAAUAUAUUAACUUAUUCAGAAAUUUUUUUGUUCCUGAAAUUAUCGAAUUAUGUUUAUUCACUUAUGACCUAAUUCUGCUAAGAAUUUAAAAUUUAUAUGAAUUUGUAAUAUAAGGCAAUGAAAGAAUCAACAAAUUUGUUGUAUAAAGGUCUUAUAUCCGUGCCAACCACGCUUGUGAGUUUUAAGCAUAUAAUUUCCUUUUUGCAUACCAGAUGUACUUGUUGAGAAAUCACACAAAAGCAAGAUUAAUUUUUUUAUUUAUUUAUUUAUUUUUUUAAAAAAAGGCCUAUGAAAUUUCAAAAUGGAAAACAAAAAAUAGGUCUACAACAUUUGAAAAAUCUCUUACUUUUAACACAAGACAUUUGAUUGAAAUGCCCUUUAUUAUUUCACUAUUUGACAUUAAUAUGUUUUUUUAAUACUAAAUAAAAAAUAGCAAUGUUGGAGCUGCGACAACAGAUGUGGAAAGAUCAAAAUUAUGUUGAUUGUUAAACAUAUUAAAACGAAUCUUAAACUAAUAAAAAAAAAAUUUAAUCUAACACAUUUUCAAUAUUUUGAUUUUAAAUUCUUAUACUUAACAUUUUUUUUUCUUUUUGUGAAAAAUAAUCAGUUUGAUAUUGGAUAGUUCAAUUGUUAAUUUCUUUUUACCUUACUAAUACAAUUUUAAUUUUAUCUUUGAGAUGAUUCACAUGAAGCUUUAUUUUGUGCUUAUUGAAGGUGUUAUUCAAAAUUAUCUUUCAAAUUUUCAUGUGCAAUAAUGCAUGAUAUUGAUAAGAUACGGUCCGUAAACAAAUUGUUAAGUAGAAAAUGCAAAUUUAAAGACUAAUGUAACAUACAAAUUUUGAAUUAAAACUGCUUUAGCUAUUUAAAAACUUUAUUCGUGUUUGAUUUAAUGAUGCAUACUUACAAAUUUUAAAUGAGUAGUUGUGAGCAUUACUGAUUUGAAGUUUUGAGUAAAAUUUGAUCUUAUUUAUCUUAAAGAAAAAUUAUUUUGUAUUAAAUCUCCAGCAACAAUUUUACUUUGGCAACAGUUGGGUUCAAUAUAGGUCCUAUAAGAACAUGCACCGAGGGACCGAUGUUGGGAUGUCUAGAUUUUUUAAUAUUUGUCCUUGAAUGGCCAGUAUAGGGCCUACUUUUGCCAGUAUAGAACCUACAUUGGCUAAUAAAGUAUAUAAAAUAUCGGGUGAAUCUGAUAAUUAUCUAUAGAACCGAUUUUGCAAUAUUGGAAAAAUAAAGGCCCUUUGAACCCUUACUGAGCCAAGAUUCAUGAAUAUUUGCCCAAUGAGGGACCAAGUUAUUUUGCUGCUACUGAUAUUAAUUAUGUAAUUAUUAUAAAUAUGCUUUAUACAAGUGCAAGAUAUUUCAAACCCCAACUGGCUACAACCUUUCAAUAAAAUCUUGGCUACAUUUAUGAAGGAAAUAAUUGUAUUGUUUGAACAAGUACCAGCAAAUAUGUUUUUUUUUUUUUCCUUACUUGGAUCUUAUGCCAUUGAAUCUCACCUAAAAUUUGAUUCAUAUGAAGUAUAAAUGGAGCAUUAAUACAAUUAUACCCAGUAAUGUACCGAUAUAUCUUAAGGAAUGCUCCAAAUUUAAACUGUGAUUUUUGUCUUCACUGAGUAUCAUUCAGGGGGGGGGGGGAUGAAUAGAUUGUUUCAAAAUCGCUAAAAAAACUUGUUUUUAUAGACAAAUUACCUGUAGAAAAAGAAUUGAUUGAUUUUUAAGGCAUUUACAUGGGUGCCACUCUUCAGUCCUGGAGACUGAAAUCAGGCUUGAGAAAAAAAAUCAAUAGACUAAAUUUCAUCAAUUAUUCCCAUUUGUUUUUAUUCAAUUUUUUUUUUAAUUAUUUUAAUUUGAUUAAUCAUUUUUGUUCGCUGUCAAAAAAUAAAGGAAAUUUUUUUUUUAGAUAAAAUAAUAAAUUUCUAUUUGAUAUGAGCCAUUAUCAUGGUAAGUUACAUUUUAAAGUCAGUGAGCUAUAAACUUUGGAAAAUUCUGGGAAACAGUGCUAGGCCUUGUUAAUUGGUCAAAAUAUAAAUACAGUCGUAAAUUUUUUUUAAAGUGGCAACUGGGCAUUUGCCAAUAACAGAACUUAUCUUAAUUAACUUAAGUGUUAUGGCAGAUCUAUAUUAUAUUGUUAAAAAAUAUUAAAUUUAUUUCUAAUUACCCAUUCAUUGUUUUUUCAAAUCACUCAUUCACUUUUUUUACCCAUUCUGAGUCAUCUGCAAACUACAGAACUUAUUUAUAUUAGGUGUUACAACACACCAAUAUUUGAAAGAUUUUGAUGUCUUUAAAUAAGUGGGCGAUUAGAAAAUAAUAUUGUUCUGUAACAGUUUUUAAAGGAAAAUAAUUAUUUCUAAUCAAUUUUUAUUCAUCCUAUCAUUUAUAUCUUGUUCAUUAUGUUACUUUAAAACUCAACUAGUUAAAAUAUGCUGUUUAAUGUAUACAUUUGCUGAUCUCUAGUCGUUUUUUUGUCUGGGCAUGUUGUUACUUAUUAUCUUAUGUUUGAAAUGUACAAUGUGAAAUGUUCUAUGCGAAAUAAACGUUUUUUCAGUUUUUA